CUUAUGUCAUUAUCUGUAAUCGCGAAACUAACAAUUGCAAUCUAGUUAUCCGGAUGUUAGUCGUUUGCGAUGCAGCAUUGGCGCAAUGACGUCGAGCGAUUGUCGCGAGCUCGAAGUGGAAUGCGCGAUCGGUCAGCUUGGGAAAAGUCGGAGAGACACCAAAGAUUCGACGGAGGUCAUCAGAAAAUGGUGUGAGAGCCAGUCGCACUUGCCGGAAGUUCCUUGUGAUGAGCUUAUAGAGUCCUUCCUGGUGGCCAACAGGUUUUUGGUAGAACGGACAAAAGAAAAGUUGGACAUGUAUUACACAAUUCGGUCACUGCUGCCAGAAUGUUUCGAAAAUAAAAACCCAAAGUUACCGAACAUGAAGGAGAUUGUCAAAGUAGUCUAUUAUUGCCCACUACCAAAAAUGACCAGGGAGCUGUACAGGGUAAACAUAGUGAAGAUAACUGGAGAGCCUGAAUCUUUCGAUGCGUACGACUGCUUUGGACAUCAAUUGAACAUAAAUGAGAUCCGAUUACAAGAAGAAAUCGUCUUGGGUGAUAUACUGAUCAUAGACUUUGCAGACAUUAAAGUUGGUCAUGUGAUGAAGUUUACACCUAUACAUAUGAGAAAAGCAUCGAUUAUCUUAGAGAAAGUAUUUUCAAACAGAAUUAAAGGGAUACAUAUGAUAAAUGCUCCAGUUUAUGUAGAACCAGUCAUAAAUUUAUUGAGGUCGUUUUUAAAGCAGAAGCUUUUAAACAGGAUACAUGUACACAGUUCACCAAAACUCCUCUUGAAUCACAUUUCGAGUGAGAUAUUACCCAAAGAUUACGGAGGAAGUGAACGGCCGUUGAAGGAGCUGAACGGUAAGGUAUUUAUGCGAACAAUUGAGGACUUGAAGUGAGGCACUUGAGGAACUUUUUUCUCGUUAAUUCUACUGGGUGUGCUCAAAGUUGAGACUUCAUACAACCGAGACAAUAAGUCCCGAAAAAGUGAGCGGGCUAGACCGCACCAAAAGCAAUAUCCAAAUCAGGCGCCGCGCGAUGUGUAGGUUAACCUAUUUACAAAUCGGAAUUGUAAAACCAAUAAAGUCACCGUUCAAAUUUAUGAUAAAAUUUCUUUUCGGAACACUUCUAAAUGGUUUCUCUGAAAAAAUAGUGAUUUUUGACUUUGAAGGUUUCAAUAAUUGAAGAUUAUUAUUCUUUGCAUAUGUACUAAUAUAGAUUUUAAAUCAUCAUUGACCUCAGUUUGGAUAUUAAAACUUUGGAAAUGAUUACAAAUUUGUGAAUCAUCGGUGGAAAAUUGAACACUGCAGUAUUUGACAACAGCGUUUAGAUCC